AUGAAUAAAAUUCUGCUUCUCAUUAUCUCUGUCCUUCUCUGCUCUGUCCUGGCUGAAGCUCUUGUCUGCCGUCUCUGCAAAAUCUAUAAGAAGGGUGUUGGUUGUACUGUUGGAGAGGAGACAUGUGAAGCAGAACAGGGAGAAAAAUGCAAGACAGUUACUGUCUUUAAAGAAGGUGUCAGGUAUUUUUACAGAAAAGGAUGUACUAAUCCUCAAGAUAAAUGUGGAACUACUGAACAGUCUCCAAUGUUUGGCAGUAUGACAACAAAGUGCUGCAAUAGUAGUGACUUUUGCAAUGAUGAAUAA